AUGUCGACAGAUUGCUUACUGAGAAAGAGUUCCAGCAGCUACAGCUUGAAAGGACAGGAAAAGGUAGAGGAUGAAGUUGUCACUGGUACCCCUCCUCCAUAUAGAGCGGACUCAUACUACUCAAAAUUCAACCAUGCAGACCGGAUCCGCAAAUCCAGCAGUCAGUAUUUUACAGCCUCAAAGAAUCAGAUUGACAACGAACAGUUCUGGAAAUCUAUUAUAGGGGGAGCCGUGUAUUUCAAGGGUCACGACCCACUUUUUGGUAACGUUAUCGCUGCGGUUUACCAGUCUCCUAGGUCCAAGAAACUGAAUAGUGUUGUGAUCUCAAGACAUGGACAGUCGGUAAUUAUGGACAUCAACAUCUCCAAGAAUUCUGUGUAUUACCCUGCCAUCAACAACUUGAGGACUAAAGAAGCAAAGAAAAGUAGAGUGAGAAAAUGCUUGGCUGUGUCACUUUUAAAGGCCUAUUCUGCAAUCGAUCGUAAUGUUGUUGAUAGCAUGCUUCAUCAUGCAGAUCUACCCAUACAAUUUGACUGGGACGAAACUAUGGCAGGGGAUUUGGCCAGCAGAAUGCAACUAAUUAAUACCAAAUCACCCACUGAUAUUGGUGACUAUUUGCUGUCGUUGGGCUACUUCAGAGAUUGUCAGAGAACGGAAACCCAUAUGAUUGAUGUUGUGUACCAAAAUCCUAUUGCCAAAGCCGAUGAUCAACUUAUUGACAAGAACAAUAUGCUAGCCUAUUUGCUUGGUGAGCAAAUAGAACACCUUUUCGAUCCUCUUUUAGAAUAUUCUCCAGAACCAACAGAAAAGGGAUAUACUGCCCCAGAAACACCACCAGAAUUAACCAAACACGUAGGUGGCGAUGACGAUUUUCUCGUGAAGUCCAUCUGCAUUGAGCUGGUCAACUUUCAGACCAAUUUCACUGUUUCCCUGGUCCAAUUCCUACAGAAAUUUCUUGUGCCAAUGAGAGUACAUAUACUCAAGGGUGAAAUUAAAGGCUAUACUACGGGUAGAUUGAAUCAAAUAUUUCCUCCUACCAUCGAUGAAGUCACUAGGAUCAACUGCAUUUUUCUCGAUAUGUUAAAGCUGUCGCAGCCUUAUGGAAGUUUUGAGCUUCUAAAGGCGUGCGGAACUACCAUCCCUUACUUUUACAAAGCCUGUAUGAGACACGAAGCUGCUACAAAAAGAUUCACAGAAGAAUAUGAACAAUUUGUCGCCGACUUACGACAAUUGGGUAAAGAGGACUUGUUGACCUACGACGGUAAGACGAUUCAAGGCAUUAUGACAUCCUCUUCGUUAAAUCUCGUUAAGAUCCAGCUCAUUCUACAGAGAUUGAUGGACGCAAAGAAGUGGAAUAAAUGUUCCUACGAUGAAAAUGGUGAAAUUGAGAAACUAUUUCACUCUUGCAAUGAUACCAUUGUGUCAUUUGCCAACGAUAAACUCAAACCGUACAGCCAUCGUAUCUUCACGCCCACGGGCAAAAUUCUUACAGAAUUGGCUAGUAGUUGGCCUACAGAAUUACAGUAUGGAUGGCUUAAUAGGAGGGUGGUCGCCAUAUUUGAUGCCGAAGAUAUGUUGAUCGAUGGCGUCAAAAACAGAGGAGCCUUAAUCAUUUUUAGUGACCACAUAUUACUGCUUGAGAUUGAUGAUGAGGAAUACUACUAUGAGCUCUGGAGUGCCAACAAAAAACUAGAUUCUUCCAGUAAAGAACACGUUCACCGUCCAUCGAUUUCUGAUGUCUUGAUGCAUUCCCUUAUCAAUGAAGUACCAGUGAAUGGAUUACCACAUAUUAAAGUGAAGAACUGGUGCAGAAUUGAUGAGGUCACAGCAACGCACUAUGACUAUGGAAACGAUUCCUAUGUGAGACUUUUCAAUAAGAACUUUGUGGGUCAGUACAGAGUGAAUAAAUAUUCAGGAAAAUAUUUUGUCGACAUCAUUAGAAAGGCACAAAUUUUGAACAAAUCACAGGCAUUCCACUUAUUUCGAAACGUUGUUGACAAUAACACUCUGUAUUACACUGCUCACGAGUUCAACAGCUAUGUUUCCGAGGACGUAAAAUCUCCGAUGUUGGUGCUUUUUAACACCCAGUUUAAUCCUGCCAUUUUAACCAAAUACAGCAUAUUUGGCUUUAUUACUCUCAAUUUUUCCAAAUCUGAAACAAUUUUGAUGGAAGGUAUGAGUGCUACAGCGCCGAAGUUCCAGCAUAUUGUGCGCGUUCAACAGCUAACAGAGGCGCUUGCCCAGAAGGUGAUACAGUUGCUGGCAGACUACACAACCUUGAGCAAUCCUAUUCUGAGAGAUGAAAUAAUUUCAGAUACAGAAAUUGUGGUUGCAGAUGCUAUAAGAUUUCUUGAAAGGACCGAUAGGAUGGAUGAGAAUGAACAUAUGGACAUUAUACACAGAGUGAAGAAUGUGAAAAGAGAAAGCACAGUGACUGAGGAAUUGAGAAUGACCAACUCCAGAUCGAGUACAUUGGAUGUCUUGAUGAAUAACGAAGGAAAAAGGACGAGUUCGACGAGAAUCUCGAAGAAGAACCAGAUUAAGAGAAGAAGAAGCGCAAGACGAUCUUUCAUCGAGAAAAUAUUUGGGAAAAGAAAGAUGAUUUCUCAACCAGAGGCCCAUUCCAUCGAUAGGACUACUAUUUCAAGACCGAUGACCAUUAAAAUGGCACCAGAGAAAGUAAGAAGUGCGGCUGGUAUUGCAGCACCUAAAAAGGAAAUAUCACCUAGCGACGCUGAUAUCGGAGUGGAAUCUUCAGAGGUAAAGGAUUACAAGACAGGCGAAGAGACUGUGGCGACUGCCUCGGCUUCAGCAAGUCUGUAUGUGAACUCACAUUUUGAGUUUCCAGUAGAGUCGGGAGUUGAAACAGCUUUGGAAGCCAAGACUACCGAUAAACAGACUGUUAAAGUUCUUCGUCCUCCUUCAAUUAUCCAGAAUAAUGAGGCUCAUCGAGGAAUACCGCAGAGGGUACCUGCUAUACCAUCAGCGGUCACCACAGCCUCUCCGAAACUAGAGGUAGCAUCUGUUUGUCUUGCGGCUGCCCCUGCUCAUAAGGGUGUAUCGGACUUCAAAACACCUUGCACCCGAAUACAUAGAGUUUCAUCAUCAACUCAGAUUUACCGACAACUAAGAGAUGAGAACUUUCCAAAGUUAGGGUUGUCUCCACAUCGGAAUCAAAUUCCAAUGAAACUGAAAAAGCCACCACCCACGAGACCCGACCGGGAUUCCCAGGGAAAAGCUGCCAAUUUGGAAAUGCAGUCUCUCUAUCCCAACGAAGAUGAGAAUAAGGAACAUGUGCAUAGACCUCCUGUGAAGCAGAUAGAUGCUUUGCAGAGAUCUGAAUCGUAUUAUGACAAAUUCAAGUUGGCUAGAGGAAUGCAAGAACAAACGGUUAAAUCCGAGGGAAUUGCACUAGUUUCGGAUGUGAAGCCAUCUGUUCUUACUCAAAGUUCGAUCAUAUAUUCUCCCAGUGUACGAGCAAAAUUGACGAGCUUGGCCAAUAAUGAUAGAAGAGUGGAUGGAGAUAAUUGGACCUGUUUUACCAGCAGAGAAAACACAAAGCCGAAUUUGGCUGUGGAAACCAUUCCAGAGGAGCAGUUCUCGGAAACGAUGGAUGACGAAGAAAAACGUUUUGAUGAUAGCCUGAAGGAUGGACAUUCAUCUACCGUGAGACCCUUUGAAGCUAAUAACAGUUCCUCAGGGGAUAAUGCAACUUUGAAGAGUUCUCCUCAAUGGACAGAGAUUGGAGUUAACACUAUUCUAGAUGGAAACGAGUCACAAGCUUCGAGAUCGGAUGAUCAUACGCUUGCAUCAGUUUCGAUAGACCUAGUGAAAGAUAUUGAGGGAUACGUGUUUGACUCAGAAUCUUUUUUCGACGAGACGGAUGAUAAGAAAGAAUCUGAUUCCGCUGACGAAACAUCUAUGUGCUCAGCAUUGGAAGAUCUUAAGGACACUUCACAGGCUGGAAUAAUUGUUCAAUUAGCCGAUGGGAAAUUACUACCUUCUGAUUCGACCACGAGUAUUUGCGAUUUGAUUGGAGACGAUUCUUAUGAUUACUUGGGACACAUUUUAGCCGGCGAAAUAGCCAUAGGAGACGAAACUAUAUGUGGCACGAAAAUUUCAGAGGUUAACGAGACUAUAGACUCUGAUUACAAUAGAGCUUAUUCAGAAAGUUUGAGGGAAAGCUCAUUUCAAUAUUUGGCCAGAUACUUUGGCAGCCGUGGGAGCUUCAUUGGCGAGACGAAUGGCUCUUUCAGAGGGGAGUCCAGUGAAACGGCCCUCUAG